GGCUACGGCCACGUGUCCUUCCAACGACCUUGUUUUAACGGCACCUUUCAGUCACAAAACGGAGACUUCCUUCCUUGAAUAGCAGGUGAAAGAAUUAGAAUCCCGCUUUCAGAAAGCAAGCACAACAAGCACAACAAAGAAAACAAAAGAAAGAUAUUUCAAUUAAUAUUAAACAAGCUUCAAACCAUGAUAAAACUAUGUCGUUUUCCAUGAAAAAUUGAAUUUGAACUUCUCGUAAUCGUGAGAAAAUGCCGAGAAAUGGAAACGGAGGAGGAGAGAGCGCACCGGAGCCGCCGCGUUCAUCGUCGAACACCAGACUCCGGACGCGGCCAGAUGCGCUCUUGGUGGUCUGCAGAGGCUUCAAAUUGGUGACUUCUAUCAGCGCUCUUCUUUGCAUUGCCGUCAACAUUCUCUCUGCCAUUCGCUCCUUCAAAAAAGGAUCCGAUGUUUUUGACGGAAUUUUUAGAUGCUAUGCGGUUUUGAUUGCGUUUUUCGUGGUUGUUGCUGAGACUGAAUGGGAAUUCGUUAUGAAGUUUUGGAAGGUAUUGGAGUAUUGGGCCGGUAGGGGUAUGCUGCAGAUCUUUGUUGCAGUAAUGACAAGAGCUUUCUCUGACGAUUCUGGAAGCCGGAAAGAUCUUGUUCUUCUUCAAAAUAUAGCAUGCUAUAUGCUUCUUGCUUGUGGUUUAGUUUAUGUCUUUUCGGGAAUUCUAUGCAUUGGCUGGAUCAAACGUUCUCGUCAACAGAAAGAAAUGACGAGGGACCAAGCAGUCAAGGAUUUAGAGGAAUUGGAGCGGCGGAGGGAGGAGCUAGAACAACUGCUCUUGGCAGAAAGGGUUUAAGACAAUUUGUCUUGUUGACCAUAUGACCAUUUUAUAGCUGUCACUGUUGAUUCCAUGGUUAUAUAUGAUUUAAUAUUUGUAGGUUUUGUUUUCAAAUUCAUUAUAUUCCAAUUACUUUUCUGUUGUUGUAGUAGUAGAUUUGUAAAGUUCAGUGUGCCUUUGAUUAUUUAGAUAGGCUGAACCACAUAAUGUUUUGAAAUAAAGGUGCCUUUUGAUUAUUGUAUUGUAUAGGCAAAUUUCGGCA